AUGUUACCUAACAAGGUUGAUGUGGUUAUUGUGGGAAGUGGCAUCACGGGCACGUUUGCUGCGCACACCUUGAAGGAGCAGAAACCCGAGUUGGAUAUUAUAAUGCUUGAGGCAAGAGAGGCAUGUUGGGGGGCUACAGGACGGAAUGGUGGCCACUGCCAACCUCUGCUGUACACAUCGGCGCCUCAUAUUGCUACUUUCGAGCUGCGCACAUUCGCGUACAUAAAGUCCCUGGUCGAGGCUUACGACAUUCCAUGCGACUGGAACUCCACCAUAGGGGUGCACGCCUACUUCUCAAAAUCUCUCGCUAGCCUGACGAGUGACAUGGUUAAGCACCUCGGUAAUGAGAAUCCGGGCCUCGCCGCCAACCUGACAUUUGUCAACAAGGGCAAUGGUGGCUCUGUCGCCUGGCUACCAGAGAGCGAACGGAAAGCAGUGACGCUUGAAGGGUUACGCAUCCCGAAUGCCGAAGGUGCCGUCGUACAGCGAUACGCUGCUAGCUUAUGGCCAUACAAACUAACCAACACGCCAGUUACAAGGCUAAAGAAGGUUGACACGUCCAACGACCUCGUUGCAGCCGCGGCCAUGGCCACAUGGAUCGUCGAGACGCCUCGUGGGAAAAUCGCCGCUGGUUCAGUGCUGCUGGCAACCAAUGGCUACACCUCGCACUUGUUGCCGCAGUUCAGGGACCUUAUUGUGCCAACGCGAGGUCAAGUCGUGGCUCUCAAGCCGCCGCGCGACCUGAAAGGUGACGAAACUCCACUGGACAUUCGGAAUACAUACUAUUUCUUUGGCGACGCCAGCGACAAGGCUGUGGGUCGAGACGACUACCUGGUCCAGCGUCCGGCUCCAGGUUCGGAGCUUGUACUGGGAGGGGGCCGUGAACGUGGCCGCAACGCUGGUGUCGGGGUUUGGGACGACUCUGAGCUCGACGAGCCAGUGAGCCGAUGGCUUGGGGGUGAGUUGUCUACGGUGCUGGACCUGGAUAUGCGGCCUGCGAAUGACUACCGGUACUUCUCUGCUGAAGAAGAGAAGAAGGCGAAGAGUCCGGACCCCGUAGCAACUUAUGCAUGGACAGGCAUUAUGGGUUUUUCGCGUGAUGCCCACCCAUGGGUCGGGUCAGUCCCGCCGUCACUUGGUGGUGGUUACGGCCUCUGGGUCUGCGCGGGAUAUACUGGCAAUGGUAUGCCGAACGCCGCACUGUGUGCCAAGGCCGUUGUCAAUAUGAUGCUCAUGACGGAUGAUGUUGAUCUGCCGCCGGAGUACAUGCUGACGGAGACGCGCGUUGAGAGCGCCUUGGCCAGAGACACGGUGGCCGUUGCUGCUGAGAAGGGUGUUCUGGCCUUACCGUACUUGGCUUGA